UGCUUUAUGAUCCCGCAGCUCGGGUAUAUAAAACGGGACCCGAAGGAGCGUCUCGUCACACAGUUGGAAGAGCACAACACCUCUGGGUCGCUUUGGUGCCAAGUGAAAAGAUGAAGUUUCUUGCUGUGAUUUUGGCAACUGCAUUUAUUGCAGGGUCGCAGGCUCGUUUCCUUUCCUUGGGUGAUGAACCAAAAUCCAAGUGGGAGGAAAGUGUGGACAAUUUCUGGCAAUAUGUGUCCAAAAUUGGCACUGGUGCAGAUGAUGUUGUGGGGCAGAUCAAGAGCUCCCAGCUGAGCAAAGAACUGGAUGGACUGAUCACAGACACUAUGGCAGAACUGAACAUCUACACAGAUGACCUCAAGAACAAAAUUGCUCCCUACACCCAGAGCAUGGCAUCACAGUUUGGGGAUGACAUUGUGGGAAUGAAGGACAAGUUACACUUGGACAUGACAGACGUCAAGAACAAGGUGGUGCAGUACAGCGAGGAGCUCCGUCUGAUGGUCGACCAGAACGUGGAGGAGGUGAAGUCAAAGAUGAAUAUAUAUAUGCGCAAACUGAAGAAGAAGCUGAACAAAGAUUCUGAAGACCUGCGCAGGAAGUUCACUACCUAUGCUGAGGACCUCCGUACAAGAACCAGCCAAAACAUGGAAGCCAUGCGUGACCGAUUUGAACCCUACACCAGUGACAUCAAGGAGAAAACCCAACAGAAGCUGGAUUCCCUGCACCAGAUCUUCACUGACCAGGCGAAGAGCAUCCGAGAACGUUUCAAUGACAAGGCCACAGAAUUCAAAAGUGAUUUCGAGCAGAAGGCUAAAGAGGUACAAGGCCUGAUGCAGGACAAAGCAGAGGAGCUGCGCAACUGGUUUGAGCCCUACAUCAAUAACCUGCGCCAACAGUUUGACACCAUGCUUGAGAAUCUCAAGCCUAAAACCAAUUAAGUCCUACGGUCCCGUAGAAUGAGCACGUUGCAAUAACCCUGUCAUAAUACUGCACUCGAUAACACUCCUUCUGCCUCUUGUUGGUCUCUUUUUAGUAUUAGUAAGGAGCACAUGGCUCUGCUUGAACAGAUUACGUUAGAAGGGUAAAAAGGUUUGGAUUAAGUAGAAGACAAAAAGGAAUGCAAAAUUUUAGCUUAAAAUCAGUGAGCAAAACGGACUUAGUUCUAGCCUUAACCAUUAUGAUCUUCCUUAUAUAUUUUUGUAUUGAAUAUUAAAUAGCCAGGUACUUGGGGAGGGGAGUUCUUAGAAUGAAAUGUAAAUGUAGACUUGCCUCAGGUAUUAUUAAUAUUAGCACUUUAAUCAUAUGGAAUUAAAAAAAGAAAAUCAGGAGUGACUCAAGAGCAGUUGCACAUUUCCCCCUUGCAAAACCAUUUAUUGUUACGGAACGCAAAAUCUUUUCUUUAAAUUUAAAAAAAAAAAUUGAGAUGUGUGGUUACAGUGGGUAAGACCACAAUCAAACACAUACUCUUUUCUUUCUACCAAGUGGGUGGCAUUUUAUAUCUUAGUUUAAUUGUGAUAAACGUGAUUGGAAAAACGUUAGUGUAUCAUGUGUUCAGCUGAACAAAUAUGGCAUUCUUUGGAAAAUCCCUUCACUUUAUGGAUGCCAGAUUUCAGCAAGUGCAUAUUCCAGAGAAAGAAGGUCAAAAAAUCCAAGUCCAGUGUAUUCUGACUAAACCGCCAGUAAUCAUAUAUCGAUUCAGACCACAUGAUGCAGCCCACUGUGUCUGCUAAAGCACACCCGCCAUUUGCGGACUAAUCAGCUGUAGAUGCUUUUUGCUACUGUACUGUACAUUCAGUGACCUGUCAAUUUUUGUAUUUUCUGUACUGUGGCUUAAACAAUGCAGCCCAUUGCCUAAUUGCUAAACUGUGUGGAAAAUGUCAAUAAAAUGAUUAUGCUGAAA